CCUACCCUCACUAGGAGGAAGUAGGAGUAAUCUGAAGGUGAGAGACAGGAGACAGCAACUUAAUGAAGUCAGAAUAGACAAACUGAGAACAGCAGUUCAUCAUGACAAGUCUUCAAAGAGUGUUCUUUAGCCUGUCUGCUGCUCUGUGGAGUGUAUCUAUUGCAGAUGAGAUCGUAGUAUCAGGAUAUGAGGGAGGAGAAGCAGAGAUCAGUUGCUCUUAUGGCCAUGGGUAUGAGAAUUACAAAAAGUACCUCUGUAAUAGGGGCUGUGACAACUCUGAUAUUGUCAUUGAAACUCAAUUGGGAGUUCACCACACUAAGAAAGGCAGCUUUUCUCUGCAUGAUGACAUAAAGAGAAGAGUCUUCACUGUGAAUGUCACGAAACUGACCCUACAGCAUGCUGGGAUAUACUGGUGCGCUGUGAGCAGAUAUGGGAAAGACAUCUAUACAGAAGUCAGACUGCAAGUAGUCAAAGACUGGUGCUGUGACAACCGUGCCCUCGUCCAGGGCAACAGCCAAGCUUCUGUGUCAGUAAGCUGUCCCUACAAGCCUCAGCACAAGGAGAGUCAGAAGUACUUCUGCAUAGGGACCCGACCCUCAACAUGUCUACAACAGGCUAUAGUCACAUCCAAACACAACACUGGGAGGUUCUCUCUCCAUGACAACAACGCAGAUGGAGUGUUCACCGUGACAAUCACUGGGCUGACCCAAAAGGAUUCUGGGAUGUAUAUGUGUGGCAUCCGUGUCGAUCGAGGUUUGGAUGUCUACUCUGUGGUUCAUCUAGAGGUCAAAGAAACAACAACGCCUCUGUCUCCAUCUCCAAUGACCCUAGUGACCUCAGUGACCUCUACAUCAUCAUUAUCAUCAGCAUCAACAUCAUCAUCACUAAUGCCACCUUCAUCAGCAGGCUUCACCAUCAGGACCUAUGUGUUUAUUGCGUUCACUGUGAUGACUUUUUCUGUGAGUCUGUCUGUGUUGAUGUUGGCACUCAUCAUAAUAUACAGAUGCAAGAGGAUCCAGGGGUCUGCAGAACCACACAGAGAAACAGGGCUGUCUGAGUCGGUGUAUGAGGAUGUUUAUGAGAAUACAGAAGCUGUGUGUGUGAAUGUGAAACUGGCUUCCUGUAAGGAACAAUACUCCUCCCAACCUUAUGAGGAUGUUGAUGAUGAUGGUAACGCCCAACAGGAGUCUGUCUAUCAAGACAUCACACCUUAUGACAACAUCUAUCAAAGCCUCAAUAUCACUACCACAGACAGACACUGAGUGUGUGUGUGUGUGUGUGUGUGUGUGUGUGUGUGUGUGUGUGUGUGUGUGUGUGUGUGUGUGUGUGUGUGUGUGUGUGUGUGUGUGUGUGUGUGUGUGUGUGUGUGUGUGUGUAAUAGUAGUAAGGUAGUGCUAAACGAUGAUGCAGUGGCAUAUGAGUUUCAGAGGGGGAUGCUGUUUUUUUUUGUCAAAAAAUAAGAGGAAUGGCUGCUCAACUGAGAAUAAUAUAAGACAGGCUGAUUGGACAUUGAAUGUGUGUGAUCAGUGAGAACUGACAAGUUACCAAGUUGCACAGGGGCAGACUUGACAGUUCUGGCAAAUGCCCGAUGGCCUGGUCCAUUUUUUGCCUUGUGGCCUGUCAUUAUCUGGCUAAUAAUGGGGUCCUCAAGGAAGAAAAUGGGCUGGUGGGUUAGAAAUGCCAGCGCCGAUUUCCCAGUCUGCCCCUGCACACACACACUUUGGACAAUUACAUGUAUUCUGAAUUAAACUUAUUGAAUGCCAAUAUUGUGUAGUAUACCUUGAUUAAUGGUGAAAGACCUGUAUAGGUGUCUGACCUACUAAUUUACUUCAG